AUGGCGGGUCACUUGUCAGCUCUCUGCUCUUAUUCUACUUCUGAUUCAUCAAGUUGUCACUCCGUCCUGUACUUCUGUGGGUUUCCUCACUCCUGUUUCUGUGGCGUAGGUACAAGGUUUGCUGCUCCAGCACAGUCAACAGCCGACUCCUUACGCCUCCUGCCACCACGUCGCCAGCGCCUCCUGCCACCACGUCGCCAGCGCCUCCUGCCACCACGUCGCCAGCGCCUCCUGCCACCACGUCGCCAGCGCCUCCUGCCACCACGUCGCCAGCGCCUCCUGCCACCACGUCGCCUGCGCCUCCUGCCACCACGUCGCCUGCGCCUCCUGCCGCCACGUCGCCAGCGCCUCCUGCCGCCACGUCGCCUACGCCUCCUGCCACCACGUCGCCAGCGCCUCCUGCCGCCACGUCGCCAGCGCCUCCUGCCGCCACGUCGCCAGCGCCUCCUGCCACCACGUCGCCAGCGCCUCCUGCCGCCACGUCGCCUGCGCCUCCUGCCGCCACGUCGCCUGCGCCUCCUGCCGCCACGUCGCCUGCGCCUCCUGCCGCCACGUCACCAGCGCCUCCUGCCGCCACGUCGCCUGCGCCUCCUGCCACCACGUCGCCUGCGCCUCCUGCCACCACGUCGCCAGCGCCUCCUGCCACCACGUCGCCAGCGCCUCCUGCCACCACGUCGCCAGCGCCUCCUGCCGCCACGUCGCCUGCGCCUCCUGCCGCCACGUCGCCUGCGCCUCCUGCCGCCACGUCGCCUGCGCCUCCUGCCGCCACGUCACCAGCGCCUCCUGCCGCCACGUCGCCUGCGCCUCCUGCCACCACGUCACCAGUGCCUCCUGCCGCCACGUCACCAGCGCCUCCUGCCGCCACGUCGCCUGCGCCUCCUGCCACCACGUCACCAGCGCCUCCUGCCGCCACGUCGCCUGCGCCUCCUGCCACCACGUCACCAGCGCCUCCUGCCGCCACGUCGCCUGCGCCUCCUGCCGCCACGUCGCCUGCGCCUCCUGCCGCCACGUCGCCUGCGCCUCCUGCCGCCACGUCGCCUGCGCCUCCUGCCGCCACGUCGCCUGCGCCUUGUAUGCGACAACUGGCGCGGUCAUCUAGAAGACAGGUCCCCCUCCAGUAUAGUCACUCCCUCAGUAACUGCCACUGGUGGAGAGCUGGACACUGUUCACGGGUCACACACGGAAGUUGCUCCGGUGAAAGCCUAA